UGCAUUCAAAAACGAGUCGCUCGAUGUUAUACACUUGUGGCAAAGGGACCUGAUGAAACCCAUGGCUACAAGUUCACGAUGGCCUUUGCUGGAAAAUAUCAGUUGGAGUCCCAAGAGAACUUUGAGCCUUUCAUGAAGGCCAUUGGUCUCCCUGAUGAUCUGAUUGAGAAGGGCAAGGACAUCAAGAGCAUCUCUGAGAUCGAGCAGAAUGGCAAUAACUUCAAGGUGACCGUCACCACGGGAACCAAGGUCCUGGUCAACUCCUUUACGGUCGGACAGGAGAGUGAGCUGGAGACCCUGACUGGAGAGAAAAUCAAGACCGUUGUGAACCUGAAUGGGAACAAGCUGACUGUUUCACUGAAAAGCAUUGAGUCAGUCACGGAGUUGUGUGGAGACACCAUUACCAACACCAUGACCCUGGGACCCAUUGUGUACAAAAGAGUCAGCAAGCGCAUCUCAUGAUUGUUUAUGUGAAAAAAAAUAAAAAGAGGAAAAUCCA